AUGGCUACCUCCGCUGGUAUAAAGUUCGCCCUGGUCACCGCGCCCGCUUUGUUGCCCAACAAUCAAGAAAGCUCUCGACGGAAGCGUACAGUCCGUGGUCGUUCAAGCGGCUUAAAACAGCAUGGAAUGCGUCGAAGCUCAAAGAUCCGGAAGGCCGAUUUGAAGAGACAAGACGGCAGACCAUACAAAACCUUCACUACCGAAUUAAUGGAUACAUACUACUCCAUGGAAGAUGGAAUUCUUGAUUAUUUUGACAGAGAGAAUCCAGAUAUGGUUGUAUAUGCCUUUUUGGGCCCUGAGCAAAUCCAGUCUAUCACGUAUAAUUUACCCGACUCGGCGUUUGCUGUAGCACUCUCCCUCCUUACCCCUUCACAUUUUAUCGAGCCUCAUAAAAAACUACACAGAAGAUUUCAUCCGGCCGUGGCACACGCCAAGGGUUAUAAGACGCUCGAAGUAACAUUUGACGAGUUCAAACGGGUUCUUCAUUUCGCUGUUGAGAAACGCCGCGGGGCUGGCUUCAAAUUGGGAAUUUCCGAAUAUACUCAUCUUCUGGAUUGCGCACGGUCAAUGGGAGAUGCGGACAUGGCGGACUCGGGUUAUAGCGACAAGAAUGUUGGUUACCAAGGAUUUAGCACUGCCGGCGAAAACAGUGUUCGGCAACAAGUGCUUCGGUUGUUUGACGAAAUGGUUUCAAGCGGCCAGAAGCCCGACGAAGCUACUUACGUCAAUAUUAUGGUUGCUUCUAGUAGAGAAGGCCACAUUGUGGCCGUGGAAAAUGUCCUGAAAACAGUGUGGAAUAUCGACGUCGAGUUGAUGCUGACUCGUGAGGAUCCGGCCAACAUCCCUCCCGUUACACAAUUCAACCCCACAGACCCGCUACAUCCUACAUCUCGCAUCUUGUAUGCAGUUUCGCACAUAUUUGGCUCGAACAACGAUCUUUCCACCGCACUUCGACUUGUUGACUUCAUUUCUACCCAUUACAAAAUUCCUAUUCCCGACUCCGUCUGGUUGGAAUUAAUCGAAUGGGCCUAUGUCUUGUCCGUCAAGAGGUGGGGUCCUAGAGCUGAGGAAAACAGCGUGGGGAAGGUUCCCAAGGAAACUGUCAAGAGACUGUUUGAUACAAUGACCUCUAGUCCAUAUAAUGUGAAGCCGACACUACCACUAUACGACAUGCUCAUUUCCACAUCCUGGUCACGAUGUAAUCUUGACGAUACUUUGAAAUAUAUGCGCGAAGGAUAUGCAUUAUUUCAGGAAUCCUUAAGGAGAAGAAAUACGGCGAAAUACGCAUUCGUUGAUCAUCUUUUGAAUUUCCUACCAGAAAAAAUUCGAACGCAGGUCACGCUGAAGAAUAACUACCAGCGCUUAAUAACCAACCUCCAAAAAUCUGGCUUAGGGACGCGAAUGGGAAAUUAUACAAGUGCGCCGCUUGACCCAAUCGCUAGAAAUGAAGCUAUUCGAGAAGCCAAAAGAGCACAAUAUCAACUAGACCUGGCUAAUCGGCUGAUGCCAUACUGGCGUGAAGAGGCUAAGGCCAAAGAAACGGGGAUGGCUCCUAGCUAUCUUAACCGGAGGUGGGUAAGAAGGCAACUUACUCGGCUAAACGCAAUUGAAGCGGAGGACUCAAUGGACCCGGACCUGGCCAACGACGCAGAGGAAGUCGACACGCCAGCGGUCAGUCUAUCCAUGAUAAAGGAGUACAGAGCCAUGAAGGCUGCCUUCAAUUUAGAGCAACUGAAUACCAGCCGAGAUGCAUCAUUUAUCGAGCGAUGGGUGCGGCUACUGAUUGUUGGCAGACGAUGGGUCCCGGACACUGACCAUUGGGAACGCCAACUCCUCCCGCGCUUCCUGCGGGAGUGGGAAGCAUUUCUGCCAGAGAACGUAUACUAUAAGACUAGAGGAGGGAUUGUGGAGUUCCUUCCUAUCAGCUUCUGGCCCCACGGCAAACGUGAGCGCCCGGAGAAGGGCGUCACUGAUCGGGAACUUGGUCUGUACGAUUCGGACGAGGGCGUAUUGCUCACGGAUUACUUUGAAAUCAUUGGCGAACGCCCGAAUGCGCGCCUGGAUGGUUCCCACGACACAGAGUUUUAUGAGCUGGAUGCUGCGCGAACAUACUAG